ACAGAGGGCAGGUCCGUCCUCCGCCUCCUUCACGCUUCUCCUCCCAGACACGCCAGCCAUUCAUCCAGCGUCUGCUGAAGCUGCAGCACUCUCACCGUAGCCCGGAGAGCAGCGAUGUUUUCCUGCAGAGCGGCCUGGCAGAGGUGUGGGCCUCUGGUACGGAGAGCAGCCUACAGGUUGCCCCAGGAUGUUGUCCAGCGGCGGACGAUGUCAUCUGUUCCUGGUGGUUCUGGAGAGAACAUCGUGUACGCCCUGCUGUGUGGUGGAGCCUUCGUUGUUUCUGUGACGUAUGCAUACAACACUGUGAUCUCAGACCAUGAAAGGUUUAAUGAUCGCAUUGCAGAGCUCCAGGCCAGACCAAAGACGGAGUGGGUACCUAAACCCUGGCCACCUAAGAGCAGGGAUGAAGAAGAGGGUGGAGAGGAGGAGGAGGCGGCAGCAGCUGAGGAGGCUGUUGGAGAGGCUGAGGCAGAGGAGGCCGCUGAUGCUGUUGGUGCUGAGGCAGAGACUGUAGUAGAGGAAGUUGCCGAGGUGGUCGCCGAGGCUGCUGAAGCCGUCGCCGAGGCUGCGCAGGAAGUGGAGGCGGUCGCAGAAGAAGUCGCCCAAGUAGCUGAAGCUGUGGAGGAGGCUGCCGAGGCUGUGGCAGAGCCAGCCGCUGUUGCUGCUGAGGAGCCCGAAAGCAAUGUUCUGAUGGCAGCUGCCUCUACUCUAGAGGUACCGAAGAUAGCUGAAGUAAAUGAAGAAUUGGCGGCAGUUGUUGUAAAUGAAGAGCCCCUGGCAACAGAAGCAAAGCCCAUUGAAGAAAUUGCACCAGCUGCGGAGGCUCCUAAAGUAGCAGAAGAGGCUCUUACAGCAGUAGAACCUGCACCCACAGAACAGGUUCCUGCACCAGUGGUUGAGGAGGCCCCUGCACCAGUGGAGGUUGCUCCAGUUGUUGAGGAGGCCCCUGUACCAGUGGAGGUUGCUCCAGUUGUUGAGGAGGCCCCUGUACCAGUGGAGGUUGCACCAGUUGUUGAGGAGGCCCCUGUACCAGUGGAGGUUGCACCAAUUGUGGAGGAGGCCCCUGUACCAGUGGAGGUUGCUCCAGUUGUGGAGGAGGCCCCUGCCCCAGUGGAGGUUGCUCCAGUUGGUGAGGAGGCCCCUGCCCCAGUGGAGGUUGCACCAGUUGUUGAGGAGGCCCCUGCCCCAGUGGAGGUUGCUCCAGUUGGUGAGGAGGCCCCUGCCCCAGUGGAGGUUGCUCCAGUUGGUGAGGAGGCCCCUGCCCCAGUGGAGGUUGCUCCAGUUGUUGAGGAGGCCCCUGCCCCAGUGGAGGUUGCUCCAGUUGUUGAGGAGGCCCCUGCCCCAGUGGAGGUUGCUCCAGUUGUUGAGGAGGCCCCUGCCCCAGUGGAGGUUGCACCAAUUGUGGAGGAGGCCCCUGCUCCAGUGGAGGUUGCUACAGUUGUGGAGGAGGCCCCUGCCCCAGUGGAGGUUGCUCCAGUUGUUGAGGAGGCCCCUGCCCCAGUGGAGGUUGCACCAGUUGUGGAGGAGGCCCCUGCCCCAGUGGAGGUUGCUCCAGUUGUUGAGGAGGCCCCUGCCCCAGUGGAGGUUGCACCAAUUGUGGAUGAGGCCCCUGCUCCAGUGGAGGUUGCACCAAUUGUGGAGGAGGCCCCUGCUCCAGUGGAGGUUGCACCAAUUGUGGAGGAGGCCCCUGCUCCAGUGGAGGUUGCACCAAUUGUGGAGGAGGCCCCUGCUCCAGUGGAGGUUGCACCAGUUGUGGAGGAGGCCCCUGCUCCAGUGGAGGUUGCACCAGUUGUGGAGGAGGCCCCUGCUCCAGUGGAGGUUGCUCCAGUUGUUGAGGAGGCCCCUGCUCCAGUGGAGGUUGCACCAAUUGUGGAGGAGGCCCCUGCUCCAGUGGAGGUUGCACCAAUUGUUGAGGAGGCCCCUGCUCCAGUGGAGGUUGCACCAAUUGUGGAGGAGACCCCUGCCCCAGUGGAGGUUGCUCCAGUUGUUGAGGAGACCCCUGCACCAGUACAGCCUGAUGUUGCCACAGCUUUAGUUGAUGAACCAGUCACCACCACUGCUGUGGAGGAAAUAGUUGCCGUUGUUGCUGCAGAUGUAGCCAGCACUGUGGUGGAAGAAGCAACUGCAGCCCCAGUGGAGACUCAGGCAGAAGUUCCCAAAAGAGAGUACAUUGUUGUUGUUCUAGAAGGAACACCUAAAGAAGAAAAGAGCCCCAAGGUGCUCGGAGUGGGGCCCAUGACUGGUAGGAUCAUCCCUGCCCCGGACGAAGAUGAUGCCCCAGCUUCUGAGGGUAGGCGGCGUCUUCUUAGGAUGCAAAUGCAGUAGUUUCAGCAAAGUAAACAGCUCCUGAAUGAUGACUUUCUAUCCUAUGGAAAGAGGAUGUGCCUUUCUCCAACACUUUCCCUUCCACCGUUAACCCUAAAACACAAAGAGACUAAUAUGUAUUUCCAGUGUAAAGUCAUAUAAUACACAAUGUUUAGGUCAAUGUUUGCUUUAUGGAGCCAUCAUCCCAACACAGUAGCAGUGGUCCAUUCCUGCUACUCUUCACACUGGCUUCAUAGGUCUGGGUUAGCCCAGUCAGUAGUUCCACAGAUCUUUGGUUUGUCUGUUACAAACCUCCAUUACACUUCUUUUGACCUUUGUGAAUUGCAAUGUUUACAUCUGUGAACAAAACUGAGCCAUUUAGUCAACCUUUUUUCCUACUGUUAGAGUUUAGUCUCAAAAAGCACUCCAGUGAAAUAUGUUGACACUCCACACCACAUCUUGUUAGCAGUAUUAUGUGUUCAAGCACAGGAUGUGUCAAGUCAUCAGCAUUCUUCAUAGUGCCCAACCUCAGGUUUUUUUCUGCUUCUCUUGGCAUACAAAUGAACAGCUGGAAACACUUCCUGUAGUUUAUUCUUUUUAAGAAAAAACACUUUGAGCAUGCUGGCUUAAGAGCCCAUGUAGCUACCUCAGUUUUCAGUCUUUAAAAAAAAAAAAUAAAUAACACAGACAAUCUUGUCAUGCUCUCUCCUUGUUAAAGUUCUAAACCAACAACACAGUUGCUUUGCCGUCAGCUUCCAUAAGUACAUUCUUACAUUUCAAAAGCUGUUACUUGAUCACCAAACAACCAAAUGUGUAAAUCUAAAUAAGGAAAAUAUUUGUUGACUACUACACGGUUUUCUAAAUGUUAAUUUAACACCCAUUGAAUGAAACCUUGCAUUGCUGCUUAUUGAGUUAAAAACAUCUGGUGUUAGUGAUGUCACAGUAGGUAUUUUACCUUUAAAGUUGUUGGAAAACAUCAGUUUUGACAUCAUUUAUUGAGGUUUGGCCAGAAAUGAAACUUCGCUUCGAAACAAGGUUACAAGGCUGAAACAAGGUUCUGGCCUGUAGAGUGCAACACUGGAGGUUUUCUUCUCUGUGUUCAGUGCCGAGUUACCUUUUUAGCUGUUCAUUCUUACUUUUCGUACACCCUAAUGAAAAUGUAGCGAUUGUAAAUGUAUUAGCAGCCACCGUUUCAUACUCUAUAUGUAGAUGUGAAAACUGAAAUUCCCUUCCUGCAUCCUCUUUAUCCAACCUCUCCUCCAUAGCCACCGAUACAGAGGUAAGACAGAAACCAGUAAGCCAUUCUGAGUUUGUUCUACAUAGAUAGUGGCUGUACUUUAUAUUUUAAAAAUUUACAUUGAAACAUAACUCAUUGUGGUGGUUCAGAGGGAUAAAGUUGCCAGAAAGCAGGAUAAGGAAGUAAAUAUGCAGCAUCAUGUUCUUUCACUCUUUGAUUUUCUGUCCUUUCCAGUUUCUCUUGUUUUAUUCUAGCAGCCAGAGUUGCAUGGAUGUAUAAUCUAAAGGCUUGAAGCAAGUACAAACAGAUGUGAUAGUGAUGUGUUGGUGUGCCAUGAAAUUUGCGUGUUUGGGAAGUGUUGCAGUAUGUCUGAAGAAAAGUCUCCCGUGUGAAAUGCUUUGACAACUCUUUGUAUUUCUCGUCCUUGAUUCUCUCCUUCACAUUUUCACACCUCCUAUUACUUCUUUACUAUUGAAUUUCUGGAUUUGUUAGUUUGGUGGACAAUAUGUGAAACAAACUUGGGAUCACUAAGAGGUAAAAUUGAGUGUUAGUAUAUAUUUUAAAAUUAGAAAUUGCACUCUAUCCUCAGUGCUCAUUGGCAGGUUUCUGUAUCAGGUCAUAAGUGGAUGACUUGGACUUCACAAAGGGCAGAAACUGUGACACAUUUCUGUUUUUCCAUGUUUUGCAGAAUAAAGAGGGAUUAAAAACUAAA